GAGAUUCGGCUUCCGUGCACGCCAAACGGGGCGUCUUGCGCACUGUCCCAGUGCUGCUCUGAGCCAGGGGCGAAGUGCUACAAGAAGAACGACUAUUGGAGCUCGUGCAACCAAACUUGCAACCCCAACUACAUUCUGUGGACGGUGGACGGAUGGGUCACGACGAACGAGACAGUCUGGGACUGCACGGAGAUUCGGCCGCCGUGCUCGCAACCCGGGGCGUCUUGCGCACUUUCCCAGUGUUGUUCUGAGCCAGGCGCGAGUUGCUACAAGAAGAAUGACUAUUGGUUCGCGUGCAACCUAACUUGCGACCCCAAUUCCAUGUGGAUGGAGAACGGCUGGGUCAAGACGAACGAAACAGUUUGGGAUUGCGAAGUCAUCAGCAUCGACAGUACCGACGUUUCGUCUGACUCCGAUGUCAGUAUUGCCGCUGACGCCGAUGUGUCGGCAGACGCCGCGAGUAGCUCCGAUGUUGCGACAGCCUCCGUUUGCUCGCCGAACGGGGAGUCUUGCGCACUUACCAUGUGUUGCGCUGAGGUUGGGUCGAAGUGCUACAAGAAGAACGACCAUUGGAGCUCGUGCAACCAAACUUGCGACCCGAACAGUAUGUGGACGGCGGACGGAUGGGUCACGACAAACGAGACAGUUUGGGAUUGUGAGGAGAUUCGGCUCCCAUGCUCUCCAAACGGGGCGUCUUGCGCACUGUCCCAGUGCUGCGCUGAUCCUGACGCGAAGUGCUACAAGAAGAAUGACUACUG